AUGCCAGCUGCCACCGUGGCGCUCGCUCGCCAGGGUCACGGCGUCGGCCCGCCCACAAGGGUCUGCGCGCCACCGCCGCGAGAAGACCCGGAGGCGUCCGAGCGGAACGAGCGGUACGCUGGACUGUGGUGCCUGCUGAAGCGGGAGGAACCUGUCGGAACUCCGAUCCAGGAGCACGUGGCCGGCGAGGGGCCGCUGCGGUUGCAAGCCCCCUCGGGGAUCUACGCCGAGGUCAGGAUCCCGGUGCAGCCGGAGGAGCCGCUGAGCCAGGAGAGCUGCGCGGGCUACCAUGCGGUGGUGGCCGUGGCCAGCGGCCGCACUCGCAGCCUGCGGCAUAGGACGCUGGACUUCCAGCCGCCCACGGGCGGCGUGCUGUGCACCCAGGUCACUUUUGACCGCGACGUGAUGGGCGAGCUGAGCCACCCGCGCGGGAAGGUCCGGGAGGAAUACAUCGAGGUCUGGACCAAGCUGAAGAGCGGGCCCAUCACCGCCCUCGAGCUUCUCUCCGAGUCGCCCUCAAAAACCACACAGCAGAGGAUGGGCUACUGGCUGUUCUGCGGGGACCAGUUCGUCCGCAUCAUCGGCCCGAAGCUGGGGGACGGCCUCGUAGCGGGCACCGUCUGCAGCUCCUUGAGGCAGCUGGAGUCCCUAUCGAGCUCCAGGGCUGUGCGCAAGGAGCUGCGCACGCACUACGAGGCAUGCUCAGGCAGAAUCGAGUCGCCUGGGGUCCUGCGAGUUGCGAAGAAGGCCUGGCCCAUCGAGAGGGCCGGCACGCUGCUGUACGACGCAGAGGGCGGGUCUGGGGGCUCCGUCGUGGUCUCGAAGCACGAGGUCACCCACAGGCUCCCGUCUGGCAUCGAGCAGCGCUGGCGCGUGAGGGACUGGGGCUUCAACCCGUUCGCGCCGUCAAAGGCCGCCGCGCGCGAGGAGGCCGGGUCGCCAAAGCGGCCGAGGACGGGGCUGCAGCUCAAGGCGAAGGCAGACGUGGAUGCCGAAAAGGCGUCCGCCAAGGUCCCCGCCAAGCCCAGGGCGCGGAGCAAGUCGCAGGACAGCUCGGCAUCUGUGAGGAGCUCGCCGCGGCGGCGGCGGUGGAAGAAGACGCGCCCAAAGCAGGAAACGAGGAGGCGAUCGCGGUCGCGACGGUCGCGACGGUCGCGACGGUCGCGACGGUCGCGACGGCGAAGCUGGUCGCGACGGUCACGACGGCGCAGGCGCUCGGAGUCCGCGCGGAGAGGUGGCAAGGCUUAUCCGAACCCGUACAACGCCAGAAAACCCGCAGGUGUCGGCGUGGCAGCGCCAGCGGCGGCCGCCGCGGAGCCAGGCCUGCCCGCCCGGCGCUGGGGCGGCGGGGGCCGCCGCGGCGGCGACGACCGGCGAGAGGACCGGCGCGACGAUCGGCGCGACGACCGUCGCGACGACCGACGUGACGCACCACGUGAAGGCGUGCCCCGGCGGCUGGCCGAGAUCCUGGACGACAAGCGGAAGGCCGAGGAGAGAGGCGCGAAGAGGUCGCGCUCGGGCUCCCGGCGCCGCGGUGACAGGGGCCGGACGGACCGGGAGCAGGAGAAGCGCCGGGGCCAAUCUCCUCCGGCUGCGAGCUCGCCAUUCGUGACCGUGACACUCUCGAAGCACAUCAGGCUCAACGGCAAGCUGGUCAAGCAGGAGCUCGAGAUUGAUGCGAAGAGGGUGCACAUGGGGAACCCGAGGAUCAAGCUGAUCAGCGAGAGCCGCGGUGCCCUCAUCAGCGCGGUCUUCCAGCGGCUCGAUCUCGACAGAGACGAGCUGCUGAGCCCACACGAGAUGCGCCGCUUCGCGGAGCUGACUGGCUUCGGGGGCGGCGAGGACGAGUGGAACAAGGCCUUCAAGACCCUGAUGUCCGAGAACGGCGUUGCCGAGGAUACCGCUGGGGUGGACUUCGAUCUCUUCGCGAAGCUGGUGGAGGACAAGUCGGCGGACACUGGCUGCCAUUGCAACGACAGUGAGUUGCAGUCGAUGCUCGACCAGCUGCCCGAGCCUGAGAACGCUGCCCCAGGCGGCGUGGCGCGUGUGGACCUGAUCGCCGCCGUCUUCAAGCAACUAGACGCCGACACCGAUGGCAUGCUAAGCUCCAGGGAGAUGCGCAAGUUCGCGGAGCGCACUGGCUUCCAAGGCACCGAGGCCGCAUGGAAAGAGGAGUUCCAGAACCUGUGCACCGUACCUGGCAAGGAGGAGCUCCAGAAGCUCGACCUGGCCUUUUUCUCCAAGCUCGUGAACGACAGGUCCGCCGACACGGGCUGCUACUGCUCCGACGACGAUCUGCACGCCAUGCUCGCCAGCUUUGGUGGCCAGAUUUGCCCGCCCGGGAGCUCGGUCGGGACGCUUCCGAAGGCCGCCGCGGGGGCCGUGCUCACCCCGAUGUCCACGUACCGCUCUUCCCUCGUGCGCUCGGUCUUCGACAGGCUCGACUCCGACAGGGACGGCAGGCUCAGCGAGAAGGAGAUGCGUGCUUUCGCUGGCCACACUGGCUACGAAUGCAGCGAGGAGGCGUGGACGACAGAGUUCCAGCAGCUCUGCGUCGACAACGGGAAGCAACCCGUGGACGGGGUCGACUACCACUUCUUCUGCAAGCUGGUCUGUGACCAGGACCAGUCUAGCUGCUAUUGCACGGACUCAGAACUUGCGGUCAUGCUUGCCAAGCUGGGUGGCCCGUCGGUGGGCGUUCCGAAGGCGCACGGCGGUAUCGGUCCACCCGUGACGGAGAAGGGCCUCAGCAAGGCCGCUGGCCCACCAGUCGCCGACCGGCAGGCCCUAGUCAGGAGCGUCUUCCAGGCCUUCGACGUAGACCAGGACGGCCGCCUCAACAAGAAGGAGAUGCGCGCUUUCGCCGAGAGCACUGGGUUCGACGGGGGCGACGCGGCCUGGGACGAGGCCUACGAGGUGCUCUGUAAGGAGAAGAAAAGAGACCCAUCUGUCGGCGUCGACCUGAACUUCUUUUCGUCCUUGGUGAACGACAAGGAGGACGCCGCCGGCUGCUACUGUACCGACGUCGAGCUCAGCUCAGCGAUCACCAAGGUGGCUACCGCCGGCGUCGUCACAGCGAUUGUGCCGCAGCCCACGCCGAAGGCGAAGGCGCCCGCACCAGCGGUGGAUGCUGGUGGGCCUGCCAAUGCGCACCUCUCACGCGCCCAGCUCGUCGAGGUGGUCUUCAAUACGCUCGACGGAGACAAGGACGGGCGGCUAAACCAGCGCGAGAUGAAGGUUUUCGCGAAAUUCACAGGCUUCGAGGGCACCGAGGCUGAUUGGGAAGACGCCUACAAGUCCCUCUGUGCAGACGCUGGUGGAGGCAGCUCCGUGGACCUCCGCGGUUUCACGACCAUCGUGGACGACCCUACGGACGAAACCACCGACUCUGACCUGCGAAGCAUGCUGGAGAAGCUGAGAGUGGCUGUGCCCGUCAUGGUCCCCCCGCCGACCCCGCCUCCGAUUGCAGGCACCACCUCCAGCGCGGUCGAGAAGAUUCUGGUCGGGGCGCCCCGCGACGAGCUGGUCCGAGCUAUCUUCGCGGCGCUGGACACCGAUAAGGACGGUGUGCUCAGCCAGUGGGAGAUGCACGCCUUCGCCGAGCGCAUCGGCUUCAGAGGAGGCAGCCUGAAGGCGAGCAAGGACGACGCCCUGACCAGAGACGUUGCAUUCUUCCAGCGGCUCGUCGACGACAAGAGCGACGCGACAGGGUGCUACUGCACCGACGAGGAGCUGCGCGCCACCCUCGAGAAGCUCUCGGCGCAUAACGCCGCCAGCGCGAAGGCCCGGAGCAAGGCGAGCUCAAUGGCCAGACCGGCGGAGGAGUCCCGCCCCGAGCUCAUCAAGGGUUUGUUCUUGAGGCUGGACGUCGACAGGGACGGAAAGCUGAGCCCGAGCGAGAUGCGCAGAUUCGCCGAGCAGCAGGACUUCAAUGGCAGCGAAGAGGAUUGGGCAGAGGCCUACAAGGAGCUCUGUACCGAGAAAGGCCGAGACCCAGCCAAUGGCGUGGACCUGUCGCUCUUCACACAGCUCGUGGACGACGAGUCAGAGGAUACUGGCUGCUACUGCACAGACGACGAGAUGCGCGCGAUGUUGACGAAGUUGCCACAUUAG